UCUGUCCUCUCUUUCUCAUCUUCCCGUGUCUAAUUUUGUCUCUUUUCUCUACCUUUACCAUAUAAAAGUGGAUGAGUUAAAAAGUACAGUUCUUUGGCUCGUCUUUUCUCCCCUGCUAUUAUUUCUUUAUUUCUUACUUAUUAGUAUCGACUGGAAUCUAAGUCAGUAAUCACUUUCUGAAGGAAUUUUCACAAUUUCAUCAAAACCCAAGAACCGAACCAUGGAAACUCAGCCGAGAUCAGAGCGAAUGAAAACAGUUGUAUCUGCUCUCUGCAAAAUCCCACUCCUCUUUCUCCUUUUGUACUUCUUCGUGUGCUCCCUUGACGUUUUAAGCUCUGCCUUUCAACUAUCUGGAGUCCUACUGUCUGUCCCUCCUUUUCUUCGUCUCUCCCUUCUAGGCAGGGUAGCAGGGGAUAUCUUCCAGGAAAAUGCAAUCCUGUCUAACCCAGUGGCAGGGCUGGUGGUGGGGAUACUGGUGACAGUGUUAGUCCAGAGCUCCUCCACCUCCACAUCCAUCAUAGUCAGCCUUGUCUCUUCGGGUUUGCUGGAUGUUCAAUCAGCGAUUCCCAUCAUCAUGGGCUCUAACAUCGGAACAUCAGUCACAAAUACUAUAGUUGCCCUAAUGCAGGCUGGAGAGAGAGAGGAGUUUGAAAGGGCAUUUGCUGGGGCUACAGUCCAUGACUGUUUUAACUGGUUGUCAGUUUUGGUGCUUCUCCCUCUGGAAGCUGUGAGUGGAUUACUGAGGCAACUGUCACAGGCUGUGGUCUACACACUUCAGCUCAGUACUGGAGAAGAAGCUCCUGAACUUCUUAAAGUCCUCACUGAGCCACUUACUAAAAUGGUUAUUCAGCUGGAUCGGUCAGUCAUUACAGCCAUUGCUACGGGAGACCAGAGUGUGAGGAACAAGAGUCUGGUGAAGCAGUGGUGUCAAAGCACAACUGUGGAGGACAAUGAAACAUCCUGGGGAACUCACAACCUUUCAGAACAUACACAGAAAUGCAGGCAUCUCUUUGUGGACUGCUCUCUGUCAGACUUGGCAAUAGGUUUGAUCCUCCUGGCGUGCUCCCUGUUGGUGCUGUGCAGCUGUUUGAUACUGCUGGUUAAACUGCUCAACUCCCUGCUAAAGGGCCAGGUGGCCAGUGCUAUUAAUAAAGUCAUUAACACAGAUUUCCCUUACCCUUUUACCUGGCUGGCCGGUUAUCUGGCUGUACUAAUGGGAGCAGGCAUGACUUUUUUGGUUCAAAGUAGUUCUGUCUUCACCUCUGCCAUCACUCCUCUCAUAGGGAUCGGUGUAAUCAGUAUUGAAAGAGCCUACCCUUUAACCCUGGGGUCCAACCUCGGAACCACUACCACAGCUACACUUGCAGCCCUGGCUAGUCCAGGAGAUAAGCUAGCAGCAGCCACACAGGUUGCCUUAUGUCACUUUUUCUUUAACCUCCUUGGUAUCCUGCUGUGGUAUCCCAUACCAGCCACCCGCUUACCCAUACGUAUGGCCUGUGCCCUUGGCAACUGCACUGCCAGAUACCGCUGGUUUGCCGUUUUGUACCUUCUCCUCUGCUUCCUGCUACUCCCAUCCCUCGUGUUUGCCCUGUCCAUGGCUGGCUGGAAAGUGAUGACUGGGAUUGGCGUGCCAGUUGUUAUGGUGAUUAUAUCUGUUGCUACUGUAAACAUGCUCCAGGCAAGGAGACCUCACUGUUUGCCACUCAGACUGAGGAACUGGGACUUCCUCCCUGUUUGGAUGACUUCGUUGCAGCCCCUGGACAACCUCAUCACCAGGGUGACCCUGUGGUGCAGGCAAGGGAGAGGUUGGGGUUGUAAGGGAAAUGAUGUCCCAGUGGAGGUCAUUUCUGUCAACCCUGAGAGAAAAACAAGGGAGAAAUGGAAGCAGAAUGCGAAAGCACAAGAGACUGAUGAGAACUGGCAGAAACAAAGAGGACUCAGCAAACCUGGAUGUUGUGAUCUGCAAUAUAACAACAGAGACAAAACAACAAGCACCAUGUCUUCAGAGAACAACAUCUGCGACAUGGGUGCUUUGGGCUCCAUCAAGGAAAACACAGAUUCAAACAAUCGGGGCACUCAACUGAUUAGCACUCACUUGUAGUGCUAUUAUCUUGUGUCUAAGGGGUGCCAGAUGUUUCAUGAAUUUAAAGACCGGUUCAUCAGUGAGAAAAUGUUUUACAAAAACAAACAGAAAAUGUAAUUUCCAGGGCAUCUGUAACUGGUUGCACCAACUCAUUGCACUACAAGAGGAACUAGUGUAACUUUUGGGAAGGUGGUCUGCUUUCACAUGAGUAAAGCAUGAACAGUUAAUCAAUAGCUUGCCGGUUACUUACCACCAUAAAAAGUGAUAAUUAUUAACAGGCUAGCGGGAGGACUUUUUUAGAAGCUUAAGUCAAGUGUGAACAGGCAAAUAUAAAUAUAAAACAUAUAUAUAAGAAAAGACUUAAGCUUUGUUCAUAUAUAGAAUUAGAACAUUAAGCAGUGCAGUACCUUCUCUUGUGUAUGUAACUGGCAAAUGUUUGAAGUCUAACAUUGUUUUAAUGUUGCUUUUUCCCCCUCAUUGAAAAAUAAAAAAUCUAUGUAGGAAAAAAGUGUGGAAAAGU